AUGCAUACUCCAAGGACCCAUGGUCGGCUUUAUCCUGGCUGGAGACUUCCAAGUUUGCCGGUGUUUGGAGCCCUCCAGCAAAGAUUCAAUGAACAUCUAGCUGAGAAACUUCGACGCAAUAUUUCACAAGGCUUGGCGCAAAGAAAGUUGCCGAUUUACCCAUGGCCCAAUGAAAGCAACUUGCUUACCUUAUCGGACUCUUUGACAACAGUCGGCCAGCCGGAUCUCACUGCCCAGAACUCCGAGGGCAAAGUGAUAUCCCUUGGCUCGUCCUGUAAGUUGUCGGAUAAUUCACCCAGACACGGCCGUUCAUUGGCGCUCGUCGAAACACCUCACAUUGGGGCCCUUUCACAUAGUCCCCUCGAGGCCGUCUACUUGGCGGAUGGAGAGCUUCUCAAUGAUUCUGUGCGCCCUAUCAACCGUUUCCGUCUUUACAUUGCAGGAUGCUUCGAAAUAUAUCUCGAAUUGGAGUCCCCAUCAACUUCUGAGAAUAAAAAUGAAACCUUAAGCUAUGGUAUCAAACGGUGUUCAGCCGACAGCUUCAAACCGAGCCCGAGGAAAUCGGUCAUUGACGUACAGCAGCUCAACGGUGAAGUCUUAUUACAGUUGUCCAAAGAUACUGUGAUUUGUCUAGCCUCUAACGAUGUUAUAUUGGAGAUCAAUAUCCAGGGAUGGACUAAGGAUAAAUAG